AAAGAGUCUCCUGAACAAAAGGCCUCUAACAGUUCACCUGGAGGAGGAGCUCUUUAAUUCCAGACUCCUGAGACAUGUCUGACUGAAGAGCUUCAUCAUGCAGCUUGGUGCAGGUUUGCUGUGCGCGGCGUGGCUGUUUCUGCUCUGCUUUGUUUGUAACUCUGCUGAGAAACUGUCAAAGUUCAGACACGACAGACUCAGAUCGAUCCAUCCAAACACACACAGCACAAAGAGGUUCUGUGAUCCGAGCUUCAGCAACCAGACAGCAGGCGCCGUCACUCAGAAGUGCAGCUCAGGCUUCUACAGAGAGCGAGUCGGACCGUUCAGAGGGCAGUGUGUGCCCUGCAGCUGCAACGGACUCUCCAACGAGUGUGACGAGCAAACAGGGAACUGUGUGAACUGUCAGUCUGACUCCACCGGGGAUCGAUGUGAACGCUGCAGAGACGGUUACUAUGGAAACGCAGCUGACAGAACCUGCCGGGCCUGUCCCUGUCCCUUCACCUGGAACAACUUUGCGUCGGCCUGUCUGGACAUCGGCUCCGGAGCCGUCCAGUGUUUGUGCAAACGUGGUUACAGAGGAGCCAGGUGUGACAGAUGUUCAUUUCGUUACUUUGGUAAUCCAGCUGUACCUGGAGGCAGCUGCAAGCCCUGCAACUGCAAGAACGGGCUGAACAUCUGUGAUUCUCUGACCGGAGAGUGUAUCACAUCUGGAAACAGCAGCUCCGGUGAUCACUGCCAUGACUGUGACAGCUGUCCUGUCUCCUUAUUGGGCGACUUGGAGAAGAUGGACGAUGUCGUGGCUCGGUUGAAGCAACAGCUGCAGAACGUCACUAACGUCACUUCACGGUCCAGACUGAACGAGCUGCAGGGGAACAUCACAGAAACAGAGCAUAGAUCCAGAUACCUGGAAGGCAAAGCUCGUGUCGUGGGCUCUGUUCUGAGGGCCUGGACUCCUCUGAAGACUUUGAACGUGGCAUUCAGCAGAAGAAAGACAAACGAUGGCGCCAAGAGAUUCCUGCACUGGCCCAAUGGACAGGAGACCAAUGGAAUUGUAAAGACUGCAGGCGCACUUGCAUGUCUCGUAUUGGCAGAAUUGGUAGAAUCAGGCAACAUUCUGUACAACUGA